AUGGCUUUCGCCGCAGCAGCCGCAGUGGUUGCUGGCACCACUGCUGCCGCCAUGUACAUCGAUGCCAAAACUGGAAUUGGGGCUGAUAUAACAGCGUUGAAGGGCUUUAAACGUGGCGGGCAGAUUUGGGAUGAAGCUGUGGCGAAGAAGCAGGCCAGUCUCUACUACCUCUGGGAGGAAAGCGCGCUGCGAAAAGGCAAUGAGGAGUGUAUAUGGUCCCGCGAAGGAUGUUACACCUGGACGCAGGCCUACGAUCGCGUCCACCAAUACGCCCAGUGGUUUCUGGCCGAGGGCGUUAAGCCCAAAGACCUCGUUGGAGUCUACCUUCAGAAUUCUCCCGAGUUCAUGCUAAUCUGGCUUGCCCUGUGGUCUGUUGGGGCUGCGCCUGCCCUGAUCAACUACAACCUUGCAGGCGAGGCACUUGUGCAUUGCCUCAAGAUCAGCGGAGCAACUAUACUUCUGGUUGAUGCCGACGAGGCCCUUCAAGCGAGAAUCAACGAAUCCAAGUCGGUGAUCGAGGGACAGCUGAACAUGAGAUGUGUGAAUCUAGAGGAUGUAAAGAGCGUCAUUGUUACGCUACCAGCGCAAAGACCAGGAAACGAACUACGUGACAAUGUGGAAGGUAGUGAUCCAAUGUGCUUACUAUACACAAGCGGUACCACCGGAUUGCCCAAAGGUUGCCAGUUCAACAUAGACAGAAUGUACAUGGUUUGCUUACAACGCAAAGCCGGGAUAGCAUGGACUGUGGAUUCAGACCGUUGGUACGACUGCAUGCCAUUUUACCACGGUACUGGCGGCUGCGCAGCUCUUAACGUACUUUGUAAUGGGAUAACUCUCUGCGUUGGCAAGAAAUUUAGCACAAGCCAAUUCUGGGUUGACGUGCGCGACUCUCGUUCAACAUGGAUCACCUACGUCGGAGAAACUGCACGAUACUUGUUGGCUGCACCCCCAUCGCCACUUGACCUCCAGAACGAAGUCCGAGGAAUGAACGGAAACGGCCUCCGACCUGAUGUCUGGAUCAAGUUCCGUGACCGCUUUGGCAUCACGGAGAUCAUCGAGUUUUUCAACUCUACGGAGGGAGUCUUUGGUCUGGUCAACCACUGCAGAGGUGAUUAUCUCGCAACAUCCGUUGGACACCACGGCAUUCUUCGCCGCCAUCUGCUUCGAGACACAUUCGUCCCAGUUCGUGGUGAUACAGGCACUGGAGACCUCCUACGCGAUCCUAAGACUGGAUUCGCCAUCAGGGAACCAUACGAUGUGGGCGGAGAGGUGCUCGUCGCCGUGCCCAGCGAGGAGGCAUUCCAGGGCUACCACAACAACCCCGCUGCCACGGAGAAGAAGUUCAUUCGUGACGUCUUCCAGAAGGGUGACUUGUGGUACCGCUCUGGAGACGCGUUGAGACGGACUGAUGACGGCCGGUGGUUCUUCCUGGACCGUCUUGGUGAUACUUUCAGAUGGAAGGGAGAGAAUGUCAGCACCGCGGAGGUAUCUGAGGUUAUUGGCAGGUUCCCGGGUGUUGUAGAGGCGAACGUCUAUGGUGUUCAACUGCCAAACCAUGAUGGUCGUGCCGGGUGUGCAGCCAUCUACAUUGAUCCUGCUGCGCGGGGUAGUUUUGACUACGCAGCAUUACUCCAACACACUCGAACCCACCUCCCAAAAUACGCUGUGCCAAUUUUCCUCCGAAUCGUCCAGAACAUGACGCCAAUCCACAACAACAAGCAGAACAAGGUUCCUCUGCGGGAUGAGGGAGUCGACCCAGCAAAGGUCUACAAGGGAGAUGAGAUCGUUUGGACCGAGGCAGGCGGGAAAACAUACCAGCCAUUCACGCCAAGCCAUUGGGAUAGUUUGAAUUCCGGGAAAGCGAGAUUGUAA